UUUUACUAUCCAUCAGUGGCGGCCAAAGGAACAACAAAAGCAUAAGCCAAACUUGGGAUUACCUGGGCAUUGUUUAUACAAGAAAGCGGCAUGUCCUUUCAGCGCAGCUACAGCAAGGUCUGGUGGGGAUCCGAGCAGUCCUCCCUGACCAGCGGCGGCUUCUACUCGAGCUUCAGCAGUGGGAGCAGCACAUCCAGCACAUCCAACUUCCCACAAAGACAGCCCGCAUCCCUCGGCCCCCUGGGCAAUCUGUCCUGCAUCCAGGAGGUGGAGGACGAGCAGAACAGCUCCAAGCUAUCCUGGCACAAGCACGAUAGCCCCGGCAGUCUGCGCAGUCAGGACUCGGGCUUCUCGGAUAAUGAGGAAUCGCAUCAGUUGCAGCAUCAACAGCACCUAUCCCCGCCAUCGCCCCAAGCCGACAAGCAGCAAACGCCCGCGGCCACGCCCACAUCCGUACAUUCGGUGGCCACGCCCCCGACGGUGGUGCGCCGGGUGGGCAACUCGUCGUUCUACUCGCCGCUGAUCAGUGUCACACGUCGAAUUUCCUUCACCAGCGGCCAGAUUACGCCCAAGGCGAGGUCGGAGGAUGAGGAUGCCGUGGAAGCGGAGCUGGAGGCUAGUCGUAGUCGUUUGUUCGACCAGCUGGACAGCAUGAAACUGGACGAUGGAGAGGCAGAGGCAGAGGCGGAGGCGGAGGAGGAUUCACCACCGCGUCCGUCCAUAAGACGCCGCAGGCGACUAAUGCGUAAGGCCAUGCCGGAACCGGAAGAGGCUUCGGCCAGCGAGGAGGAGGAAGUGGUCAUAGCACCACCACCGCCGCCGUACAAUAAUGAAACUGUUUACUUGGGUGAGGCGCCACCGCCGUACAACAAUGAAACAGUCACCUUUGGAGCCACCGAGCAGGACGAAACCCUCCAGCUGCAACCUUCCCCCCUGAGAGUCAGAGCCUUGCGGUUCACAGCUAGCACCAGCACACCCAAAAGUGGCUCAAAGAUUGCGAAGAGGGGCAAGAAGCACCCGGAACCCGUGGCCAGCUGGAUGUCGGAGCAGCGUUGGGCCGGCGAGCCGGAGGUGAUGUGCACCCUGCAGCACAAAUCGAUUGCCCAGGAGGCAUACAAGAACUACACCAUCACCACCAGUGCAGUUUGCAAGUUGGUCAGACAGCUGCAGCAGCAGGCUCUGUCGCUCCAAGUUCACUUCGAGCGGAGCGAGCGGGUUCUCAGCGGACUGCAGGCCAGUUCUCUGCCGGAAGCCCUUGCCGGAGCCACCCAGCUGCUGUCCCACCUGGACGACUUCACCGCCACUCUAGAGCGACGAGGAGUGUUCUUCAACGAUGCCAAGAUCGAGAGGAGACGCUAUGAGCAGCACUUGGAGCAAAUUCGCACGGUGAGCAAGGACACGAGGUACUCUCUGGAGCGACAGCACUACAUCAAUCUCGAAUCCCUGCUGGAUGAUGUGCAGCUCCUGAAGAGGCACACCCUGAUCACCCUGCGCCUGAUCUUUGAGCGAUUGGUUCGUGUGCUGGUGAUCAGCAUUGAGCAGAGUCAAUGUGAUCUCCUGUUGCGGGCCAACAUAAAUAUGGUUGCUACCCUGAUGAACAUUGACUAUGAUGGAUUUGCCUCGUUAUCCGAUGCCUUCAUCCAAAACGAGGCAGUGCGCACCCUUCUCCUGGUGGUGCUGGAUCACAAGCAGAGCUCCGUGAGGGCCUUGGCACUCCGGGCGUUGGCCACUUUGUGCUGUGCCCCUCAGGCGAUUAAUCAACUGGGCAGUUGUGGUGGCAUUGAAAUUGUGAGGGACAUCCUGCAGGUGGAAGCUGCCGGCGAGAGAGGACCCAUCGAGCGCAGGGAGGCAGUUUCGCUGCUGGUCCAGAUUACCGCCGCUUGGCACGGAUCGGAGCACAGGGUUCCGGGUCUGAGGGAUUGCGCGGAGCGAUUGGUAGCCGGAUUGGCCGCCCUCUUGCAGCCGGAGUGCUGCACCCAAACGCUGCUCCUCUGCGCCGCUGCGCUCAACAACUUGAGCCGGAUGGAGGCCACUUCCCACUACUCCAUCAUGUCCAACGAGGCCAUCUUCCGGCUGAUCGACACCCUGGAACAGCAGGCCUGCGGCACAAGCGUCUUUCUCUAUGAGCAGAUCGUUGGGAUGCUGCACAACAUGUCGCUGAACAAGAAGUGCCACAGCCACUUGGCCAACGGCGUCAUCAUAAAUUUCAUCACGUCCGUGUACCAAACGGAAUUCUACCAAACCUACGGCUCACGUGCGGAGAGCGAUGCCCAGCGCCACACCAUCAAGACCAUUCUGCACACUCUGACCCGGCUGGCCAGCGAUUCGCCGACCCUCGGAGCGGAGCUCCUGGAGCAGUGGCAUCUGCCGGAUCUGCUGCGUCAAUCCCUGGCCCUCAAGCCCGCCAAUCCGCAGCAGCAGCAGCAGCAGCGGCAGCAGCAGCACCUGGACAGCAGCUACGGCGGAGACAUCUCCCAGUUGGCGCGACAACUGCUCGGCGCCCAUGGACAGGAACAGCAGCUGCUGGUGGCCACUCCAGUGCCAGGCGGAUCCUUCUCCAGUGGCAAUCAGACGCCCGAGGCACAAACCCAGACCAAUUCCAGUGGCAUGUCCAGCUCCGGCAGCAAAACCAAGGCCAAAUCGUCCUCGUCGCCGCUGCUCAAAUUCAAUUUGACACGUCAGGAGAGUUUCGUCUAGUUUUCACCACCUGAGCAGAGAUGGGGUGUUCCCAAAUCUUGUGGAGCUGCACAGAGAUAAAUGGAGAACCAAGUUGAAUGUCAUGUUACUGAUAAUUGAUAUGUUGAUAUUAGCUUCUAUAUCUUAAUCAAGCGAACCGGCUAAAAUUAGUACAAGCUUUGACUUUUUUCCGAUGAAACUGCAAGGCUUUGUGAUAAAUUGUUUAAUGCUACUUCAGACGAAUCAAAAGUAACCACUGCUUUCUCUCUGUGUGGACACGUUCUCCGGCCGGACACAAGCCGGAAACUCAGACGUGCGUCAAGUGUUAUUACUUUGUCUAGAAUGUUGCGUGACCCGUUUGGACUCGCUCCCCAGUCGCUUAUCCUUGCCGUAUCCUUGCUGCUGGAUGUAAACGAAGUAAUUUUUAUAUUUCCACUCAGGCAAACUAAACAAACGGAGAGGCGGAGCGAGAUGCCAAAUAAAUAGGAAUACAAUUUUUGUUUAGUUAUUCUUCUUUUCAUCUGCUGCCAAGGCAACUUUUGGCAUUCUUGUGUGCUUAUAACAAAAAUGCUCUUAAAGCACUGUUUCACUCGGCAGCCAGAUUUAUUUUAUCUUUCAGUUGAUGCAAAUGCAAGCUUGACAUUUUGCAUUCUUGUAAAUAUUUUCGCAAAAAAUCCUUAACCUAACCCCAUACGGCUGGCAACUUAAAAACCAAAAACUCGGAAAAUUCCUUAGCUGUAGAGAAGUCCUUUGUGCCAAAUAAAAUGAUACAGAAAUUCGAAGUAUUUAUUUCUUCUGUACUCCAAGCAAUUACUUGUAUAUUUUAUAACAUUGUAUUAUAUAUGUAUAUCUUACGAAUGGAUGUAUUUACGCUUCUCACCAAUGUUUGGAGUUAUUAUUAAGUUUAGUGUAAGAUUUUUAAAGCCACCUUGCUUACAAUGCAGUUACAAAUAUGUUGCUAAAAUAAAAUCAAGA